AUGGUUAUUAUAUCCUUUCUCUUGUUUUCUGUGUGUUCUGAAUGUUUUCUUUUUUCAAGAUUGCUGAAGCAAAUGGAUUUUUCCGGCGGUAAAUUCUCCCUAUACUUUAUGGGCUACAAAAAAGCGGACGAAAUUCCGCAGGGCGAAAAGGAGAGGAACCACUUUGCACUUUCUACAUUAGCGACGAUUGAGUUGACCCAUAACUGGGGAACUGAAAACCAGCCUGAGUUCAGCUACCACAAUGGCAACAAAGAGCCGAAAGGAUUUGGUCACAUUGGGAUUGUUGUGCCGGACGUUGAAAAAGCUUGUGAACGUUUUGAGAAAAUGGGCGUGAAGUUUGUGAAGAAGCCUCAAGACGGAACAAUGAAAGGUCUUGCGUUCAUUCAGGAUCCGGAUGGGUACUGGAUUGAGAUAUUUAACCCUAGAAAUGUUUGCUGA